AUCACACACAAAACACACCGAAACACAGCAUCAAAUAAAUAAAAGCAACAAUCCAACCACCAAAACAAGUUAAAAAAAAUAAAAAUAAUUAUAAAAAUACACAGCAUCUCUGUUCUCAUUCUCUCUCUCUCUCUAUCUCUCUCGUAUCUUCUUCUUCUUCGGAAGGACCACCUCGCUUUCUUUCAAAGUUGCUCCCUUUUCUUCGUUUUGUACAUGGGUUUUUCCUCUUCAAGCUCCUAAAAUUGAAGCUAGUUAGUUUCACAAUUAAAGAAGAGGAAAAGAAAAGACCCAAAAUUAGAAUGAGUUGGAAAAACAGGGGAGAGUUUCUUCCUUCUAGAAGCAUUGUAACUCAAAGAUGGGCACUUUUGCUUUGUGUCGCAAGUUUCUGUGCUGGGAUGCUCUUCACAAACAGGAUGUGGACUGUUCCUGAACCGAAAGGACUUGCGCGAUCAACAUCGACAGAAUCCGAAAAAUUGAAUGUAGUUUCGGAGGGUUGCAAUUCGAGAAUUUUGCAAGAGACUCAAGAUAUUUAUAAGGAAGCUUUCAAGGGUCAUGGUUCCUUGCAAAAUUUGGACAAGACUAUUUCAAAUUUGGAGAUGGAAUUGGCUGCUGCAAGGGCUGCUCAAGAAUCAAUAAGAAGUGGCGCUCCUGUUCCAGACGAUAUCAGGAUGUCCGAAUCAUCCGGGAAGCGAAAGUACCUAAUGGUUGUAGGUAUUAACACUGCAUUCAGCAGCCGGAAAAGAAGAGACUCGGUUCGUGCCACCUGGAUGCCACAAGGUGAGAAAAGGAAAAGGCUGGAGGAGAAGGGCAUUAUUAUGCGCUUUGUAAUUGGUCACAGUGCUACAUCAGGGGGUAUCCUGGAUAGAGCUAUUGAAGCAGAGGACAGAAAGCAUGGAGAUUUCUUGAGGCUGAAUCAUGUGGAAGGAUACCUUGAAUUGUCGGCAAAGACAAAGACAUACUUUUCGACUGCUGUUAACUUAUGGGAUGCUGACUUCUAUGUCAAAGUCGAUGAUGAUGUUCAUGUAAAUAUAGCAACACUGGGAGAUACUCUAGCUAGACACCGAUCAAAACAGAGGGUAUACAUUGGAUGCAUGAAAUCUGGACCUGUACUAUCUCAAAAAGGAGUAAGGUACCACGAACCGGAAUAUUGGAAGUUCGGUGAGAAUGGAAACAAGUACUUUCGUCACGCCACAGGGCAGUUGUAUGCCAUUUCAAACGAUUUGGCUACUUACAUUUCAAUUAACCAGAAUGUUCUUCACAAGUAUGCCAAUGAGGAUGUGUCGCUUGGAUCAUGGUUUAUUGGACUCGAUGUGGAGCAUAUCGAUGAUCGAAGACUCUGCUGUGGCACUCCUCCAGACUGUGAAUGGAAGGCUCAGGCAGGCAACAUUUGCGUCGCUUCGUUCGAUUGGAGCUGCAGUGGAAUCUGCAGGUCUGCGGAUCGGAUGAAAGAGGUACAUAGAAGGUGUGGAGAAGGUGAGAAUGUUUUGUGGAGUGCCUCUUUCUAGGAGAGUUCUUCCAAACUCAGGAAGAUCACUAUUCACUACCAUGCUGUGAGAUUUUUUUUUUCCUUUUGUUCUUUUUCUGAAGCAUGUAUAGAAAAGUUGUCAUUUUAAUAUUUUAUACAAGAUUUAAUCUUGUGUGUGAAAACGAGAGAGAGUGUAUAUGGUUGUUCCAUGGAACUUCUAGAUUUUAAGAUAGAGGAGAUUGACCAUGGUAGCAGCCAAAAGAGAAGUACCACCACAUAGUACACAUAUCCAUUCUUUGAUGCUUGAAGGGCCACUUUUGUUGUUAAUAGUUUCCAUGGCUAUCAAGCUCCUAAUAAAAAAAAGUAAUAGAUUUUAUUUGGGUGACUUUUUGCUACCCUUUCUUCCUUCUG